AUGUCGGUUUGCUACGGUCCCCCGGGAAACGAGACGCUGCUGAGCUGGAAGACCUCGCGGGUCACAGGCACAGCCUUCCUGCUGCUGGCGGCGCUGCUGGGGCUGCCUGGCAACGGCUUCGUGGUGUGGAGCUUGGCGGGCUGGCGGCCCGCACGGGGGCGACCGCUGGCGGCGACGCUCGUGCUGCACCUGGCGCUGGCCGACGGCUCGGUGCUGCUGCUCACGCCGCUCUUCGUGACCUUCCUGACCCGGCAGGCCUGGCCGCUGGGCCAGGCGGGCUGCAAGGCCGUGUACUACGUGUGCGCGCUCAGCAUGUACGCCAGCGUGCUGCUCACCGGCCUGCUCAGCCUGCAGCGCUGCCUCGCCAUCACCCGCCCCUUCCUGGCGCCCCAGCUGCGCAGCCCGGCCCUGGCCCGCCGCCUGCUGCUGGCCGUCUGGCUGGCCGCCCUGGUGCUCGCCAGCCCGGCCGCCGUGUACCGCCACCUCUGGGCGGACCGCGUGUGCCAGCUGUGCCACCCGUCGCCCGCCCACGCCGCCGCCCACCUGAGCCUGGAGACCCUGACCGCCUUCGUGCUGCCCUUCGGGCUGGUGCUCGGCUGCUACGGCGUGACGCUGGUGCGGCUGCGGGGCACCCGCUGGGGCGCCAGGCGGCACGGGGCGCGGGUGGGCCGGCUGGUGGUCGCCAUCGUGCUGGCCUUUGGCUUGCUCUGGGCCCCCUACCACGCUGUCAACGUACUGCAGGCGCUCGCCGCGCUGGCUCCGCCCGAAGGAGCCUUGGCGAGCCUGGGCGGGGCGGGCCAGGCGGCGCGAGCCGGAACCACGGCUCUGGCCUUCUUCAGCUCCAGCGUCAACCCGCUGCUCUACCUCUUCACCGCCGGGGAUCUACUGCCCCGGGCGGGUCCCCGCUUCCUCACGCGGCUCUUCGAGGGCUCCGGAGAGGCCCGAUGGGGCGUCCAGUCUAGGGUGGGGGCCAUGGAGCUCCGAGCUAGCACUCGGCUCAAAGUGCUGGGGCAGGGCCGUGGCAAUGGAGACCCUGGGGGCGGGGCGGAGAGGGACAGUCAGGGAUGA